UCCAAUUCUUUCUCCACUAUAUAUACCCUAGGUAUCUUCAGAUCACAAGUGGGAUAUUAGAAAAGAUGCAAAACAAAUCUUUUCUUCUAAAAAAGAAUAACAUGAAGUCAAUUAGGCCUUUAAUUGCCUUGGUCAUUAUUGCUGUCUUAGGCCUAUGGGAAGUUAACACAGCUAACGCAGCCCUUAGUGCUGCGCAGUGCAAGGAGGAAAGAAGGCUUGGGCUUAAUGCUUGCAAGCCAGUUGUAUACGGCAGACCACCAUCUCCGCAGUGUUGUCAGCGUAUAAGGGUUACCCAUAUCGAAUGUGUUUGCCCUGUUAUUACCCCUAAAUUAGCUGCCCUUAUCGACCUUAACCGUGCCAUUCGAGUCGUUGAAGGCUGUGGCAGAAGGGUUCCUCGCCAUUUCAAAUGUGGAAGUAUCACAACUCCAUGAAAUUGGGCUUCAAGAAUAUAUAUUAUGCUUGGGAGAAGAAUUAGUUGUAUAAUAAAAAAUGAAAUCCUUUUGGAUUAAAUUAAUAAAUGAAACCUCCCUAUUACUAUGGUUGAUGGAAGGCAAUAAAGUGGGUUUUGCUAGUAA